UACUGUAACCAGUUCACAGUCUUUACUUGGAGUUCCUUUUGUGAACUCCUUAACAGAAACUACAGUAAAUCUAAUGCUUUAAUCAGUGAGAACACAGAGCAAUAGCGCUGUCGGCUUUUCCUUUCACUUGGCGACCUGAAAACCGCGAGCUGAACCAUGGCAGGAGACGGGUCAGAUCAGCGGGCGCUGCAGUAUGAACAAACUCUUAUGUAUGGGCGUUACACCCAGGAGCUCGGGGUGUACGCCAAAGAGGAGGCCGCUCGGCUGAGGGAGAGCGGGCAGAGGCGAUCAGUCAGCGAUCGAAGCCGGACAUUGGACCUGCUGGAGUACGACAAGGGCCGCUGUGCCAAGUGUCGGAGGUCUGGGUACCCGUAUGUUCUGGAGGCCCCAGCUCAGGACUUUAUAUCUGUCUGCACGGUUCGCUGUCAGAAGUUCCUGAUCUCGCGUGUCGGCGAGGACUGGAUCUUCCUCAUCCUGCUGGGACUCCUCAUGGCCCUGGUCAGCUGGGUGGUGGACUUCUGCAUCGCCAUCUGCCUACAAGCACAGAAGUGGAUGUACGGUGGUCUGGACAGUAAUGUGUUCCUGCAGUACCUGGCCUGGGUCACCUACCCCGUUGUCCUCAUCACCUUUUCCGCAGGCUUCACUCAGAUCCUUGCUCCACAGGCUGUUGGUUCAGGUAUUCCAGAGAUGAAGACCAUCCUGCGUGGAGUCGUCCUAAAAGAAUACCUCACCUUCAAAACUUUUGUGGCCAAAGUCAUUGGCCUCACCUGUGCUCUGGGCAGUGGCAUGCCACUGGGCAAAGAGGGUCCCUUUGUGCACAUCGCCAGUCUGUGUGCAGCUCUCCUCAGCAAGUUUAUGUCUCUGUUUGGAGGAAUCUAUGAGAAUGAGUCGAGGAACAUAGAGAUGCUGGCAGCAGCCUGUGCCGUGGGAGUUGGUUGCUGUUUCGCUGCCCCCAUAGGAGGUGUGCUGUUCAGUAUUGAAGUAACUUCCACAUUCUUUGCUGUGAGGAACUAUUGGAGGGGCUUCUUUGCUGCCACUUUCAGUGCCUUCAUCUUCAGGGUAUUAGCUGUUUGGAACAGAGAUGAAGAGACCAUCACAGCCCUGUUUAAAACCCGCUUCCGAUUAGACUUUCCCUUUGACCUCCAGGAGCUUCCUGCCUUCGCUGUCAUUGGUAUUGCCAGUGGUUUCGGUGGGGCUUUGUUUGUCUACCUGAACCGACUCAUUGUCCAGUUCAUGAGGAAACAGAAGGUCAUCAACAAAUUUCUAAUGAAAAAACGUCUGCUGUAUCCAGCACUGGUCACUUUAGUCCUUUCUACCCUCACAUUUCCUCCUGGCUUUGGACAGUUUAUGGCUGGAAAACUGACUCAGAAAGAGGCUUUGGUGACAUUACUGGACAACCGAACCUGGGCCAAACAGGGCAUCGCCGAGGAGUUUGACUACAUUGGAAACGCACAAGCCUGGAGGCACCCACAAGUCAACGUCUUUGUCACGCUGGUCCUCUUCAUCGUAAUGAAGUUCUGGAUGUCUGCCUUGGCCAUCACUAUCCCAGUGCCCUCCGGAGCCUUCAUGCCAGUAUUUGUCAUUGGGGCAGCCUUUGGUCGUCUGGUUGGAGAAAGCAUGGCUGCCUGGUUCCCUGAUGGCAUUAACACAGAUGGUACCAUCUACCCCAUAGUGCCAGGAGGCUAUGCUGUUGUGGGUGCUGCAGCCUUGUCGGGAGCAGUCACCCACACAGUUUCUACUGCAGUCAUCGUGUUUGAGCUGACUGGCCAGAUCUCCCACAUCCUGCCGGUGAUGAUAGCAGUGAUCUUAGCCAAUGCCGUGGCCCAGUCCCUGCAGCCCUCCCUCUACGACUCCAUCAUCAGGAUCAAGAAGCUUCCCUACCUCCCGGAGCUGGGCUGGGGUCAUCACGAGAAGUACAAUAUUCGUGUAGAGGACAUUAUGGUACGCGACGUGCGGUACAUCACACUCAACUGCUGCUACAGAGACCUGCAUAACGUGCUGCUGACGGGCCAGCUCAAAACUCUCGCACUCGUGGAAUCAGCUGAUUCAAUGAUCCUGCUGGGUUCCAUCGAGCGUGCCCAGCUCCAGUCGCUGCUCUCACAGCAGCUCGGCCGUGCCAGGCGGCUGCAGUACAUCAGGGAACGAGCCGUCGAGGAGAAGAAACGCCUAUCCAUCGUGUCGGACCCAGCCAGCGACGACAACGGCAGCCAGCGCACCAGCCAGGAAGUCCGCUUCCAGAUCUCAACUGAGGAGUCGUCCUUCAGUCCCACUCGUCCAGUACCUCAUAAGCCCCUCAAACCUGCUCUGAAAAGACCCUCUGUGGUGGAGCGACCCACCGAGCUUCCCACCAGCCCACAUGAUCAUUCGGGUAUUGCACUGAAGAACCUUUUCUGCUCCAGUCCAGACGCAGAAGCCCUGGAGAAAAACAACAACAUGGAGAGCCUAAUGUCUCCUGACAUCAGGAGGUCUUCCAAACGGGUCCGGAUAUCCGUCGUGGAUGAUGGAGAUGUGGAAGAUGACAUGACCAUUAGAGAGAUUGCAGAGUGGGAAGAGAGGCAGCUUGAUGAGCAGGUCAACUUCAACAACUGCAAGAUCGACCCCGCCCCGUUCCAGCUGGUGGAGCGCACGUCACUGCAUAAGACCCACACCAUCUUCUCCCUGCUUGGCCUCGACCACGCCUACGUCACCAGCAUUGGACGCCUUAUCGGGGUGGUUUCCCUUAAAGAACUCCGUAAAGCAAUUGAGGGCUCAGUGACUGUGAAAGGUGUGAAGGUGCGCCCCCCUCUGGCCAGUUUCCGGGACAGCGGCACAAGCAGCAGCGAGAACGAAACCACCGAGCUCCACAAGCUGUGGGACCGCCACAAGAGCAUGUCGCUGCCACGCGAAAGCACCCCCUCCGAGUCCGAAGAGAAGUCCCAGUAAGGGAAAAGGUGAGGAGGAGGAGGAGAGAGGAGGAAGAUGAAGCAUUGAGGUCUUUAAUCUCCCAAAGCUACAAACAUGCAACAAUCCUCAGGGCUCAGGAUCAAUAUUUAAUUCUGGAAAGAGUUCUACUGCUAGGCCAGCUUCCUCUUCAUCUCUCGCCUCAUCUGCUCCUCUCCCUCCUUCUCCGCUAACUUCCGUUCUUCCCGGACCACCCAGUGCUUUCUCCAGGAGCCUUGCACUGACCCAGAGAGACACUCCACCAGAGGAGUGGAACAAAACCUGUGCCCUGCUCUACAUUUACCCUUGGGAACCCACAGCAGAGCCAGUGUGGAUUAGGGUUACUGGGACUGGGUUAAAAUGAAAAGGGAUUCUUUCUUUUUUUUCUCUCUCUCUUUUUUUUUUAGCAGACUUUGUUUAGCUUGUGUGUCUUUUGAUUUGGGAUCAAAGUUUCAACCUGCAGACGUAAUCCUUUGAAUGAGUCUUCCACUUAAAGUAGAGAAAUUCAGCAGUGGUGACAAGGAAGACUACUGUAAUGUGUGCAUGUGUCUUUUGAAAGCGUGUGUGAGUGAAAUGAGACAAUGUGUGUGCGCAUGAAGAGGGAGGUAGCAAAACGACUAUAUCCUAUAGGAUUUUUCUUUUUAAUUAUUACGUCUCAAGAACACAUGUCAGACUACUUUGUUUUCCUCAUUUAACUGACUGAUCAGGUGGUCUGGGUUUGACUGGAAUUUGCCAUUUCUUUAUAAAUUACACCACAGUUUGUCCAGUAGUGGACUCAUAAGGGGAGAGAUCCCUUAGCUUUUCUGUGUUUUCUUAUUUCCAUUCCCCCUCUUUGCCUCUUCACUUCGAGUCUUAAUGGUCAGGUUGAGAGCAGAGCCUAUGCAAGCAGACUUGCCUGUUGGCAGCGACUGAGGCACCUGUAGCCCUUUUCAUAACGUCCUUUCAUGCUGUAGCCGCAGCCUUCACACGCACAUAGAAACACACACCAACAUUUUUACGGUGAUGCACUCGGCGAGUCAAGGUUUUCUGCUUAUCUAAAUAUAGCUUUUAAUAAGCGUUCCAGAGAGGGUUGGGGCGGAUGGAGAGGGCAGGAAGCAAGUGAGGGAGGGAGGAAGAGCAUGGAGCAAAUGGAUGGCUGAAAGAAUGAAGCCAUCAUUACCUAACCAGCUGCUCUGUGCCCUCUCAUCAAUCUGCCUUUGAGUGCCAUGUAAGUUUGUAUCAGAGACAUAACCCCAACAGAUAAACGGCGGGGUGGUUCACAGGGUGAGGCGCACAGUGCAAGAGUGCCCAAUGAUGACGUGCGGGCAUGUGGGAACCAUGACAAACCAAGUAGUAGUAACAUUAUUUAUUAGAAAGCAUUAAAGAAAAUCUAUAAGUGACCAGCAGAGAGCAUUCACAGAUUUAGUUUAAUCAUUCAUUCCAGUUAAUUUACCAGUCCAAUCACCAACUUCAUCACCAUUGGAGAAAGUUCCGAGUACUCGUCAGCUUACCUGAUUCAAAUUUGGCUGAUCUCAACUUCAAGGUUAUCUUCUCGGGCACCACUGGGCCGUUUUCACCAGCACAGUUCAUAUAGAUUACCAUGCCGAAGACGAUGGUUCAUUGACUUGAGACCUGCUGAACUUUAAAACGAGUUAGUUUGAUCACACCUCGUGUUAAACCAGAAACCUGACGCGUCAAUGUUUUAACUGCAGUGGGGUUUUAGAUUUCUGUCAUGACAGAUAACGAUAAAGUGCUUUGAGUUUAAUAAUUCAUGUCUGCCAUAAUGCUCCAGGCUCGGCUGCUCAUCAACAGUAAAACACUGAUCUGGUUUGCCUAGCGUCUAACCAUCUUUUCCCUAUAUUUGUUACUUAUUUUUGACUACUGACAAACACAUCUUUUAAAGACACGCUCCUUUUUUUCUUUCUUUUUUUUUUUUUUUUACUGACACUACUUCCUGCAGAAUUGGCCCUGAAUGCCUUAAAAAUGCACUCACACACAGACACACACAUAUCCCUCCAAGUUCACUUCUGUGUGCGAUGUGUUGCAUGGAUUUUAGUUUAUCGGGUGGUGUCUUGUCUUGCUGCACCCAACCCCCCCAUGAAUUGAAAACGCACACAGUGACAUAGCAGCAUGCCUUUGCAUGAGAGAGAGUGCAUGUGGGGGGGAGUUUUCUAUGAACGUAACGUACCAAAAAAACCCCAAAAAAGUCAAAAGCUUGACAGGAAUGAAUAUGGAUAGAGUGAAUGAGGUUUGCCAUCAUGUGCCUGUGAUUUUUGUUCUCUUCGAUGGCAUCUUCCACUCAUCCAGCGAGCUUUAUUCAGCCCCUGAUUUUAACCCGGGAUGGGGUGGGGGGGAUUUUUGGGUUAGCACAUUUCUACUUAAAGAUUAAUAUAUUUAAUUUCAUUCCUGUAAUAUAAAAUCAUAAUUGAAUGUCUUAACCAGUCAUGACUUGUUGGAAGGAAAUUUGGGGCUUGUUUUAUAUUUGUCGCAUUAUGUUGAUUUUUAAAGUUAAAGUUUCUUUUUGUUUUCUUCCUUUUUUCUAAUGCAAAUUUUAACGUGAUGUUGGAUAUAUUUGUAUUAUUAUAGACUUUUUUGUCUUUUUUUUGUAAAAUGCAAAUAACACUAACUGGGGGACUCCCGAUGGCGCCUGCCCGAUGGUGGGAAAAAUGGAAGAAAUGUAAUCACAAAACCAUGAGACGUUAAUGUGGAAGCGACCAGCAUGCGGUCCGCUGUUGACAUGUUCAUUUCACAAGUGCCUCCUCUUCUUUAUCAGCGGGAAUAAGCAAUCGACACUCGGGGAGUGUGUGUGUGCGUGUACACAACCAGAGAACCUGCUCUGUACACACAAACAGACAUGCAAAUACAGUAUGGGAGUGGGGUGGGUGAGGUUUCAGAGCAUGUGAGUUCACUUAUCUCCAUGGAAACCUGCCCCACCACCCCCAUUACAGCUCACCCGGGUGGGGGGGACAAGUGACCGACAUCCACUGAUUUGGUUCUUUUCAUUUGUUUGUGCUUUUCAUCGAUUUUCAUUAUUCCAGCUCCUGCCGCAGCCUUCCUCGUCUCCGCCGACAUUUUCACUGCGUUUCAUCUCAUUUUGCUAGCAGGCGGACCCAGGCCCAGCUACAUGCAUAUUUAUUAGCCAGUGCUAAUCAGAGUACAAGUAGUACUUUUCUUUUUUCUCCCCUCCUCAUUUUGUGUUUUGUUUUUUGUUUUUUUAUGGUUGAUCUACUUGUGGUUAAUCAAUUUGUGCAAUAACAGUGGUUCAUCUCACUUUGUAACCCAGUUUGAAUCAAAGGCGUGAAUGCGGUAUAACCUUAUUUUUGUAAAGAAACCUGAAAAGUGUAAAAACAUGUAUGUGUAGGCAGAGAAGCUACUCUCGCACGGGAGCUACUGUGUGAUGAAGCGACGAUGGAAUUAGGGGGGUUGUAACAAUCCUGAAACCGACACAAAAAUCCAGAAUCUUCCAUGUUCAUGUACCAUAAUGCCACUGUGGAGCGGUUAACUUUUUAACAUGCACUGAGUCACCGGGGACUUAUCUAUGUUUGGGUUUGGUUUCGUUUUAGCCACAUGCUAAAAAAAGUAAAAGUUAAAAAGUUCCAUUUCAAAUGAGGCAUUGAGGAAUUGCCACUACAGUGUUUUUUAAAAAACCGUUUGCAUUUGGGUGUUUCAAACAGGCAAUAAGCUUUAAAAGAGGUGGAUGUUAACCUAACCCUACAUGAUUCACCAGUGACCUGUGGAUGUUGAUGCCUGGUUAAAGGUGACUGCUGUAACAUUAGGCAUGAGAAUAAUGGACUUUUUGCUUCGGAGAACAAAUAAUGGUUUAAAGCAAAGGUUUCCCAGAAGCUGCCAUGAAAGCUCACUAGAAUCUGUGUUGAAAUAUUAAAGUAACUGUUCACACCUUUAGGUCUUAAAAGGAAAAUGGGUUUGACACCUUAUUUGGUUUUUUGGAAACCUUUACCUUAAACAUUAGCUGCCACUGACAUACAAGCGCCUACCCCAGAUUUUCCCUGAUAAAACAGGCUCUGGGGAAAGUUUUAUUAUGCGCCCCUCUAUCCUCUCCUUCAGUCUGAGAGGCUUUGAUAAGACCCCAAUCCCCCAUCAGCUGAUGAGGGUAAUCUUUUAUCCACUCCUAAGGGACUGUAAAUACUGGAGGCCUCCACUACGGCAAACCCCCGAGGGCCAAACCAGACCGAGCUGAACAAAAUCCAGAGCUAUUUUUCGCACCGAAAAAAAAAGAAACAUUGUUUUUGUAUAUCAGUGAUGAAUAAAUGAGAU